CACCUUACGGAGUAGAACUUCACCACAUGGUCCAUGGUAGGUAUUCUCUCCCCGCAGGCCUGCACCCGAUGAUCCCUCGUUUUGAUUCGAAGAAUCCGAAGACCCCGUUCAGCCUUAUCUUGACCCUCUUUCGAUCCCUCUAAACGCCUCUUGCAUCGCCGGUGAGGGCAGCUGUUACCCCCGAAAAUGAAGCACAUGCGCCGGCUCGUCCCUCCGACGAGAGCCCUUCGCCAGAUCCUCCUCACUCCUCAACCUACCUUUCGUCCAGAUUUCUUCCGACUCGGCCCUAGAUUGAAUGAAGUCCCUUCUCGAUUUUACAGCCCCACGAGCAGUUUGUUCAAGUUCCGCGGAAAGUCAAAUCCUCGUGCACUGCCACAAUAUAUUCUAGAUGAAGACAUCGGGUCCCAAUUUAUUCAGCUGGUGAACGAGAACAACAGCCUUAACCCCCCCGCAACCCUCCGCGAAACUUUGCGAUCCGUCAAUCGCUCGGAGGAUUGUUUGUUGCAGGUAUCGGCUGGCCCCGAGGGCGGGUUCCCAAUCUGCAAAAUUGUGAACAAAUUCGAGUUGCGCGAACAGGCCAAGGAGAAAGCGAAGGCUCCCCGGGAUGGCCUCAAGCAGCUGGAGCUGAACUGGGCGAUCGAUAGCCAUGACCUGUCUCAUAGGAUGAAGCAGCUCACGACAUUUCUCGAGAAAGGCCGGAAGGUGGAGGUGAUCCUGACGAAAAAGAAGCGCAAGAGAGCUCCUACUGUGGAUGAGGUCAAGUCUCUGAUGGAGCGGGUGCUGGAUACCGUUCGGGAGGCCAAGGCUGUACCAGUGAGACCCAUGGAAGGGGAGCCAGGCAGACAUGUGGUUCUGGUGGUGAAAAAGGAGAGUUGAAGAUUUUGCAUCAAGGUUGAUUGGAGUUUAAUAUGUAUACUAUUGAUGGUAUGGGUUUGGGGGUUCUUUGUAUGUAUAUAACGACGUAUCAGUGCUUGGACAGGAUCGAGCAGGCCUUCCAACCAAUUUUGACAGAUCGUUCUGCUCGGUUCCCGACUGGAUGAUAUCCGUAUGAUGGGUACGAUUUGCCAUGCUCAUGCUCUGGCUCCGAGUAUGGCGUCUAUCUUGAGCUAUCUAUGCUAGACCAUGGUAGAGCGGGAGAGGACGAGUUCAGAUGGGAGCCGUGUGCACGCCCCACCUCGGUGGAAA